AACCCUCAUCCAGUCCAACCCACUUCUUGCACCUCAAUCAUAGUCAUCAUGUUUGCCGCCAGACAAGCUUUCUCCCAGGCUCAGCGCCGCUGCUUUUCCGCCUCGGCCCGCCAGAACUCAAAAGUAACCGUUCUCGGCGCUGCUGGUGGUAUUGGUCAGCCAUUGUCGCUGCUCCUCAAGCUCAACCCCAGGGUUAGCAAGCUCUCGCUCUACGACAUCCGUCUUGCUCCCGGUGUCGCUGCCGACAUUGGCCACAUCAACACCAAGAGCGAGGUCAUUGGUCACGAUGCCACUCCCUCAGGUCUCGCUGCCGCCCUCAAGGGUGCUGAGAUUGUUGUCAUUCCCGCUGGUGUUCCCCGCAAGCCCGGCAUGACCCGUGAUGACUUGUUCAACACCAACGCCUCCAUCGUCCGCGACCUGGCCAAGGCUGCCGCUGAGCACGCUCCCGACGCCAACAUCUUGAUCAUCUCCAACCCUGUCAACUCCACUGUUCCCAUCACCGCCGAGGUCUUCAAGUCUAAGGGUGUCUACAACCCCAAGCGCCUCUUUGGUGUCACCACCCUCGACGUCGUCCGUGCCUCGCGCUUCAUCUCGCAGCUUAAGAACACCGACCCCGCCAACGAGAACAUCACCGUCAUUGGUGGACACUCCGGUGCUACCAUCGUUCCCCUCCUCUCCCAGUCUGGCCACAACCUUGAGGGCGAGCAACUCAAGCAAUACGUCCACCGCGUCCAGUUUGGUGGUGACGAGGUCGUUCAGGCCAAGGACGGCGCUGGUUCUGCCACCCUCUCCAUGGCCAUGGCUGGUGCCCGCUUCGCCGAGUCCCUGCUUAAGGCUGCCCAGGGCCAGAAGAACGUCAUUGAGCCCACCUUCGUCGACUCUCCUCUUUUCAAGGACCAGGGUUGCGACUACUUCUCCACCAACGUUGAGCUUGGUCCUAACGGUGUCGAGAAGAUCCACCCCGUCGGCAAGAUCACCGAAUACGAGCAGAAGCUCCUCGACACCUGCGUCGCUGACCUCGCCGGCAACAUCAAGAAGGGUGUUGAGUGGGUCAAGGCCAACCCAUAA